UUGACGGUUGUGGUUAUCGGUUAUUCCGCCAGAAACGACGUCACUACUCAUGACGCACACCGCAGCUCACACCUCCUCCGUAAAUCUCUUUUGAUUGCACAGGAUUUUUUUUUUCCAUUCAGAUACCAAAAGGGUUGGAUUUUUUCAUCAAUUUUGCUGAACGAAGGAGAAAAUUUGGGAAAAAUCCAUGGCUGCCGACCAAUCCGAUGAUUUAGACCAGCUCCUUGAUAGUGCUUUGGAUGAUUUCCAGAGCCUCAAUCUCACCUCUUCUGCUCAAAGAAGUAAAGAUGGAGAGGGGAAGAAAGAAGAUACUUGUAUGCCUGGGGAGGUUCAAGGUUUAGGGAUGGGGUUGCCGGAUUUGAGAGCUAAGAAAAAGGGGAAGCAAAAGCAUUCCAAGGAGUUGAAGGAUUCACAUGUUAACAAGGCUCUUGAUAAGCUUAGAGAACAGACCAGGGAGGCAGUAAAGGGGUUAGAAUCGAGCACGGGGUUGAAGGCCGGUGGUGAGAAUUUUGGGACUGAUGCAAUGGUGGAGGAUUGGGUCAAGCAGUUUGAGGAGCUUGCUGGGUCUCAGGAUAUGGAAUCUAUUGUGGAGACCAUGAUGCAGCAGCUUUUAUCUAAAGAAGUUCUUCACGAACCUAUGAAAGAAAUUGAAGAAAGAUAUCCGAAAUGGUUAGAAGAAAACAAAGCUAAAUUAAGCAAUGAAGAGUAUGAUCGUUACAGGCACCAGUAUGAACUUAUCAAAGAGCUAAUUGGAGUUUAUGACACCGAGCCCGAUAAUUUCACCAAGGUUGUUGAGCUAAUGCAGAAAAUGCAAGAGUGUGGCCAGCCUCCCAAUGAUAUUGUUCACGAGCUCGCCCCAGAUUUUGAUUUGUCGAGUAUUGCACAGCUGUCCCCCGAGAAUCUCCAGUCUCAGCAAAAUUGCUGUAUUAUGUGAGAUCGAGAUACUGUCUGUUUGGUGGCGCCCGUCUUUCUUGAUUCAAAGUCCUUAGCGAUGUACACAAGAAACUGGGUUUGCUCCAAAUGCGGUUUAAAUCUUGAAGAAUUGGUGAAUCAUACAAUUUCUUUGAAGAAUUGGUUUAAAUUAUUAUGUUUUUAUCAUCCUACUCAAUCCUCUGAAACUGGUGAGAAUUGGUGAAUUAUUAUACAGUAGUUUCUUUGAAGAACACUUCAGUUGCAGGGCUGAAAUAUUUUCUGAAACUAUAUUUGAAUGAUAUAUUGAUAUAUGAAAUCAAGAAUUAUUGAAGUA